AUGAGUGUUUUAGCCGGGGACUACACUCCAAUUUUACAAAUUUCCAUUCGAAAACCAACACCAUAUACGCCUCUCAUCCAUUCUUCCUUGUUUGCCUCAUCGAAUCAUCAGACCGGUCUCCGAUUUUUAGCCUUGUGGUGUAUUAGCAAAUAUGGAUUCAAGCAGAGGCCAAAAUGGGAUUCAACUCUUGUUAGCUGCAGAGCAAGAAGCUCAACAAAUUGUCACAGCUGCUCGAAAUGCAAAAUUGGCUAGACUAAAACAAGCCAAAGAAGAGGCUGAGAAAGAGAUAGCUGACUUCCGUGCUCAAAUGGAAGCUGAUUAUCAAAGAAAACUGACCGAGACAAGUGGAGAUUCGGGUGCUAAUGUGAAGCGUCUUGAGAAGGAAACAGAUGAAAAAAUUGAACACUUGAAAAAAGAAGCUGAAAGGAUUUCAACUGAUGUUGUAGAGAUGCUUCUCAAGCAUAUCACUUCUGUAAAGUAUUGAAAACUGAAGGCGCUCUUUUGGAGUUUCAUGAGAAUUUGUGUUUUUUUUUUUUUUUUUUUUUGGGGAUUUUGAGUUUGCAUGUGGUGU